CUCUCUUUAUUUCACCAUCUAGGGUUUUAAAACCCCAAUCCACUACACUCACUCUCAAAAUCAAAACCAAAAUCAUGGCCGUAAAUCUUACUGCGGGCGCAAUAGCGGCACUAUCCACCUCAGAAUCGUCAACGCCGGAUCUGAAACCGGUGCUACAGAUCAUGGAUAUCAAGUUGAUUCAAACGCAAACUCCGGCCGCCGCUGCCGGAGGAGAAAACAAGGAUAGAUACCGGUUUUUGUUAUCCGACGGUACGUUUUUCCAGCAAGCGAUGGUUGCUACUCAGCUUAUUGAUGUGGUUAGAUCUAAGCAGGUGCAGAAAGGAUCCAUUAUUCAGAUGACUCAAUAUACGUGUAAUAGGAUUCGUGACCGAUUUAUUAUUAUUAUCAUAGGUCUCAAUGUGAUUAUCGAUACGUGUGAUAUUAUUGGUGAUCCAAAGCCAUUCUCUGUUAAGCUCCCUGGCAAUGACACUUCUUCAAUCGAAAGAUCUGGAGCACCAAUGCAAUCUUCUCUAAAUCAGCCAGCACCAACAGUUACAAGACCAAAUACUAAUGCGGGCCCACCCGUUCACGCUCGCACCAGUGAACACAAUGCAGGCUUGCAUUCUUACGGGAAUGGAAGAUCUGCAGUGCCAAUGCAGUCUUCUUUUAACCAGCCAACCACAACAGUUACAAGACCAAAUACCAAUGUGGGACCACCAGUUUAUAAUAAUGCUUUCAAUAACAAUUCGGUAAAUAACCGUAUGUCUUCGAUCCGACCAGCAUUUAAUCAAAUGCCCCCAAUGUAUGGUAACAGGGGGCCUGCGGCUAAAACUGAAGCUCCUGCAAGAGUUAUACCAAUUGCUGCUUUGAAUCCAUAUCAAGGUAAAUGGACCAUUAAGGCUCGGGUGACUGCAAAAGGCGAGCUUAGACAUUACAGCAAUGCGAAAGGAGAUGGUAAAGUUUUCUCCUUUGAUCUUCUUGAUUCCGAUGGAGAAAUACGCGCAACGUGCUUUAACGCUGUUGCUGACCAGUUUUACAACCAGAUUGAAGUGGGCAAGGUUUAUUAUAUAUCAAGAGGAAGUGUAAAACCUGCUCAAAAAGCUUUUAACCAUUUAAAAAACGACUAUGAAAUUACACUCGACCAGACGUCAACAGUUCAACCUUGCUUUGACGAUGACAACUCAAUUCCAAGUCAGCAGUUUCAUUUUCGGUCUAUUGCCGAGAUCGAAGGUAUGGAUAGCAACACGAUUUUGGAUAUAAUUGGCGUGGUUUCAAGUAUCACUCCUUCAUCGUCAAUAAUGACGAAAAACCAAACCGAAACUCAAAAACGGAGUCUUUCGUUAAAGGAUAUGUCCGGAAGAAGUAUUGAUUUGACUUUAUGGGGUAACUUUUGCAAUGUAGAUGGUCAAAAAAUUCAAACCAUGUUGGAUUCUGGUCAAUUCCCGAUACUAGCUGUGAAGUCUGCUAGAGUGCAUGAAUAUAACGGGAAGUCUAUCGGGACCAUAUCCUCGAGCCAGCUGGUUAUAGAACCUGAUUUUCCCGAGGCACAUAAACUUAAAGAAUGGUUCAACGGUGUCGGGAGGAACGCCCCUACUGUACCUAUGUCACGGGAAUCCGUGUCUCGGACUGAUAAGAAGACGUUAGCCCAGAUUAAAGAUGAAAAGUUGGGGAUGUCUGAAAAGCCUGAUUGGAUUACGGUUAAUGCCACAAUCUUCCAUAUAAAAGUUGAAAACUUUUGCUACACAGCGUGCCCGAUUAUGGUUGGUGAUAGAAAAUGCACGAAAAAAGUUGUGAAUAACGGAGAUGGAAAAUGGCGGUGUGACAAGUGCGAUCAGACCGUUGAUGAAUGUGAUUAUAGGUAUAUCCUACAGGUACAAAUACAAGACCAUACGGGUCUCGUAUGGGCAACUGCAUUUCAAGAAACUGGCGAGGAGAUAAUGGGUGUUUCCGCUAAAGAUUUGUAUCUCAUAAAAAAUGAAGAACAAGACGAUGAUAAGUUCACAGAAAUUCUUCAUAAUGCUCUUUUUAACGAGUUUAGUUUUACACUAAAAGUGAAGGAAGAGAGUUACGGUGAUGAUCAGCGAUCAGUAAAAUCCAAUAUUUUUAAAGCACAGAAGAUAAAGUUUUCAUCACACACGAAAGCUCUACUUCAAGAAAUAGAGAAAAUUCAUAAAAAGGAGGACCCAAGUUCCGUAACGAUAAAUCACGGGCUUAAACCUCAAACAGGGACUGUGGGUCAACAAACUGCUUUGCCUGCUAGUCAUGUAGGUCAUUAUGGGAGUCAAUAUGGUGGUUCUGUUGGAAGAAUGAACAGUGGUGUGUCUUCAGGUGGUGGAAAUGGUGGUGCCUCCGGUGAGUGCUUUAAGUGCCAUCAGUCGGGGCAUUGGGCAAGAGACUGCCCUGGUGUCCGCAAUGUUCCUUCAUACGGUGGCUAUUGACUUUAAAGCAGAUGUUUGCUGGCAUGCUUGCUCCAAAUGUUCCAGUUGCUGAAACACAGGUUUGCGCACUUUGGUUCUCUUUAGGUUUUGGCGCAUUUUUGUCUUGGAGACCGCGCAUGGAUUUCUAAGUAGUAUGUUCUUUCAGUUGUGGUUAAAGUAGUUUACUAGUUCGGUAUGUGUAAUGUUAUUAUUUGUGCUCAGUUUUUGUUAACAUCUUAUUUAAAUGUGCUGUAAAUCAAGGCUGCUUUAUGUUUGUGUUUGGAUGUGUAGUAUAAGCCAGCGGUUUUGAUUAAUGAAGUUAAAUUA